AUGGAUGUGGAAUCUCAGAGGAGCGCGCGUCCCCGUGGACGGUGCCUGGACGUUUUCUUGGUCAGUUCUGUCGUUUUGCUCUUACUGACGGUGGCGACAGUUGUUGUCAUGGGAACUUUGGCUCUUGUAGAACUACGGUCGGAGAUCGCGGUUAAACCUUCUGUUGUGGACACGCACCGUUCAACCGAGACGAGCCACGUCGAGCCCAGUUCCAUGCCCGUGUACAAGGUGAGGAAAGUAGCCUAGACGGAGGAGAACAUAUUGAUAACCUAGGCUAUUAACAACGCAUUAUGAAGUUUAUUGUCUGACUGAACAAAAAAUACAGGGAUGUAUUUGUGGAUGAAGACUGUUUAUUUUGAUUCUAAAAGUAGGUCUGCAUUAGGCUAUUUAUAUAAAUUAGCUUCCCCUUUAGAGGUGUGUACCACCGGGGACAGUUUGUUAUAAUGCCAUACGUUUUAAGUGGAAGCUAUUGAUAACUCAUUCUCAAGUUGAGUGUCUGACUGAAAAAUAAUACAGUUUAAAGAGGCAAUCUGCGAUUGGUACAUCCAUUUUGGACUUUUAAACCAAUUAUAUAUAGGCAUACCCAUUGACUCUUGAAGAAUGUAACUUAAAUGAGCUUUUUUCAACUUCGAGUUCCCCAUCAGAACUCAAAAUAUAAGCUUGUUUUACAAAGUAUCGUUUAGAUUUCAUGGACGGUCAGUCCUUGCCUUCAAGCUCUGUCCAUUCAUUUCAGUGGUUACAUGUCUCCAGCCUCUUCUCUCAUUCGUUCACCAAAACAAUGGAUAAUAAGUCCACACAACAAUACAAGUGUGUAAGCUCCAAUGCCUACGGGCCCUGGUCAAAACAUAGUGCACUAUGUAGGGAAUAGGGGAUCAAAGAAGCGCACUACAUACAUAUGGAAUAGGUUACCAGAGUAGUGCACUACAUACAUAUGGAAUAGGUUACCAGAGUAGUGCACUAUAUACAUAUGGAAAAGGUUACCAGAGUAGUGCACUACAUACAUAUGGAACAGGUUACCAGAGUAGUGCACUACAUACAUAUGGAACAGGUUACCAGAGUAGUGCACUACAUACAUAUGGAACAGGUUACCAGAGUAGUGCACUACAUGCAGACGUAGGGUGCACAUAGGGUGUGGUACCUCUCUAACUGUCAUCCCUACUCUUCCCCCCAUCCUCAGAUGCAGAACUUCGCCUACCUGCAGCCCACCUCCAGUAAGUUCAACUGUCAUUUUUAAAACCAACCGUCAUGUAGAUAAAGUAGUUACGUUGAAUGAUGUUAGACUAUCUUCUAUUUUUAUGAGUUGUCCGUUGUAGGAGUGCUGAUCUGGGAUCAGGUCCAACCUGUCCGUGUAAUAUUAUUCUUUAUUGUCUAAAAGGCAAAACGGAUCCUAGAUCAGCCUCUACAACUCUAAGAUGCUUUGGGGGAUAUGGUGUCGCUCUGGAUAAGAGCAACUGCUAAAUGACCCAAAGGGAAUGUAAGUGUAGUCGUUGACAGGUGUCCUGACCAGUGUGUGUUCCUGUCUCCCCCUUCAGGCGUGCUGAUGAACAGCACAAUAUCCUGGUCCCAGGUCGACUAUGGACAGGGCUCCUCUCUCGGAGAUCUGUACACCUACGACCUUACCCAUCAUACAUUGAAAACCGCGCAGGACGGCUUCUACUUCCUGUACCUGGACCUCCAGCUCACCUGUACCGCCAAAUGUGGGCGGGGCAUCCUCGUCGUCCAGGUUGCAAGUCACGGCGAUGAAAAGCUGACCUGCCAGGUGGAGCUCCCAGAGUGGUCAGAGUCGAACCCUGUGACAACGGUAAAAAGGAAGUGCUGGAUGGUGAGAUGGCUGGACUCAGAGAGCCGGUUGAUGGGCCGUAUGGUGGUGCCGGAAGCACAGGACACACUGAAGUACUGGAAACUGGAUCUGAACGAAUCCGGAAUGGGAGUUUUCUUAGUGGGUUGAUAUGGGCCACGUUCAGUAGCUAAACUUUGUGAAAGGUUGCAGAUAGAAAUGCCAUGAACAGAGCCAACGUUAUUCCUUCUUUAAGAUGUCAGAGAGGCAUAUUGUUCUACAUUGCAUAUUACUAUCUGAACGGUCCGAAACGUUGCGUCCUGCUGAACGCACCCCUGGGACGGAAGUUUGGGCUCCGCCACAGACGAAGGGAAGGAGGCGACAAAAAAGGAAGCCAGCUAAGGGUACUGAGAUGCACCCUAUGUAGGAGAACUUGCAAACAGAAAGAGUGGACUUUGACCUCUGUCACUCAGGGCAUCGCCAUGGAAAUGAUUUAAACUAAACAAUGCAGGUCAAUAUAUAUGGAUAUUUAUUUAAUGUAUAUAUAUUUAAUGUAUACAUGUAUGUAUUUCUAUAUUUGUACUCAGGGUUACAAUGUGCUGUCUAUUCUUAUGUGUAGAUACCACUACAUUGGUGCUGGUGUGGAUUCUAAAUUCACUCUAAUAUUAUUUGAUAAAAUGUUGUUUUUGUAAUCGCUGUCUGUUAUGGUUGAGGGAAGAAUUGUGAAGUGGGGGGAGGGGGGCGGCAGACUUGUACCAUACACAUAUACUGUGUAUAAUCAUGGAUACAUGAUAUCAUUGAUUUGUUAUGCCUUAUUACCGUUGCUUGGCAACCACAGUAACCUCCUCAGAGUCUUCAGGAAGGGUUGUGUUCUGUUCAUGGACAACAGCAACAACAACAACAAUUGCAACAACCAUCUUGUUGUUUAAAAUGUACUUAUUUUCUUAAAGGCAGACUCAGCGAUAUGUCAUAGGUGCAGAAAGUAAACAGCAUAGUGGUUCAAUUUCCGCAAAAAACUCAACUUCUCCGCUGUUUUGGUCCCGUGGCUACCACGUUGUAACAGUGUGAAGCCAACCCGUACACAGAUACUGUGUGUGACUGCUGUGUGAGAGAGAGGAGGCGCGCAUCUCGCUCGUCUCAAAAUCUGCGGUGCUGCUCGUGGCAACGAGUCUAACUUGAAGUUUGUAUUUUCUUAACAUUGUGUUUUCUAUGUAUGAUUUGCUGUGGUCUGUUGACCAGCCAGGCAGCCUCCACGGUAGUGUACUCACUGAGUGAGAGAAUGAAUGAGCUCUGUCACAGAGCUCAGCUGGGUGUGUCCCCCAAAUGGCACACUAUUCCCUAUAUAGUGCACUACUUUUGACUAGAGCCUAUAGGGUAGUAGUGCAUUAUAUAGGGAAUAGGGUGCCAUUUGGGAUGCAGUUAUGGGCUUCCAAUCCACUGUGGGUGUCCACACCUCAUGUCUGGAGGAACUAAGUGACAUCAUUACAUAUCCAUUGUGAAGGACAUGAUAUAAUUUGCACGGGUCGCUAUUGACCAAUUGAUGAAUGUAUUUAUUUAUAAAUUAUAUGUUUACUAUGUAUUAUUUAUGUAUUAUUUAUGUUUAAUUAACUGUAUUUAUGCUGAACUAGGCAAUAAACGUGGACGCAAAUAAACACAAGCUCUAGUAUGUGUGUGUGUGUGUGUGUGUGUGUGUGUAUGUGUGUGGAUGUGUGUGUGUGUGUGUGUGUGUGUAUGUGUAUGUGUGUGUAUGUGUGUGUGUGUGAGUGUGUAUGUAUGUGUGUGUGUAUGUGUGUGGAUGUGUGUGUGUGUAUGUGUGUGUGAGUGUGUAUGAAUGUGGAUGUGCUUGUGUGUGUGUGUGUGUGUGGAAGAUGGAACUUUAGUAAGGUGAGAAAAAGUUCCCCGCUGCCGAGAACACAGUGACAUAACUUCCUGUUUCUAACCACUCCGCUGGUGUGGAAAAACUGUGUAUGUACAUCAACAAACAAACAACCACAGAAACACACAGAAGACAUAUGAACAGAGGCUGGGUUCACAGGCAGCACCACGCUCAUCUUUUUGUCAUUCAUUUUGUCUUAUGAUAAGAUCAGCUCUGAAACAUAUCUGACGGGAAAAUAUCUGAUGUGAUUGGACAAAAAGACCAAUUAGUGGAAAGAUUAUCAGAAUUGGGCUGCCUGUGUGAACGCAGCCAGAGAAAUGCGCUAUUUCUAUUUCUAUUUCUCUGUCUGUCUGUCUGUCUGUCUGUCUGUCUGUCUGUCUGUCUGUCUGUCUGUCUGUCUGUCUGUCUGUCUGUCUGUCUGUCUGUCUGUCUGUCUGUCUGUCUGUCUGUGUGUCUGUCUGUCUGUCUGUCUGUCUGUCUGUCUGUCUGUCUGUCUGUCUGCCUGUGUCUGUGUCUCUCUGUCUGUGUGUGUGUGUGUGUGUGUGUGUGUGUGUGUGUGUGUGCAGGUGUCUGCUCCACUUAACAGCAACAUCAUCGUCAGGUCUCUGGAAAGUUCCAAGCGGUAUUAUGGCUGACUCAGCAUCGCGCACAGUCAGUACAGUUCCCUCCACCCCUCCCUCCCCUCCUCACACCGCCCCCUUGCAUCCCUACCCCACCAACCUCAUCCUCCUCUCCUUUCAGCACACAUGCAAGUCCUCUCCGCCUGUGGUUACUGUGUGUGUGUGUGUGUGUGUGUGUGUGUGUAUGGUGUGUGUGUGUGUAUGGUGUGUAUGUGUGUGUGUGUGUGUGUAUGUGUGUGUGUAUAGUGUGUGUGUGUGUGUGUGUGUAUGUGUGUGUGUGUGUGUAUGGUGUGUAUGUGUUGUGUGUAUGGGUGUGUCUGUGUGUGUGUAUGGGUGUGUAUGUGUGUGUGUGUGUGUGUGUGGUGGUAUGUGUGUGUGUGUGUGGUGUGUGUGUGUGUGUGUGUAUGUGUGUGUGUGGUGUGUGUGGGUAUGUGUGUGUGUAUGGUGUGUGUAUGUGUUUGGGUGUGGUGUGUUGUGUGUGUGUGUGUGGUUGGUGUGUGUGUGUGUGUUGUGUGUUGUGUGUGUGUUGAGGUGUGGUGUGUCUGUGUGGUGUGGGUGUGUGUUUGUGUGUGUGUGUGUGUGUGUGUUGUGUGUGUGGUGUGUGUGUGUGUGUGUGUGUGUGUGUGUGGUGUGUGUGUGUGUGUGUUGUGUGUGGUGUGUGUGUGUGUGUGUGUGUGUGUGUGUGUGUGUGUGUGUGUGUGUGAGAAGAUGCACAGUGGCUGCUGCGGUGAGAACAGGAAAGAGCCGGGACGAAAGACAAGCUACUGUAGAACUCUGUUACCUGCAGACGUGUGUGUGUGUGUGUGUGUGGUGUGUGUGUGUGUGUAUGUGUGUGUGUGUGUGUCUGUAUAAGUGUGGGUUUGCAUGCUUGUAAGAGGUGAUGAAAUCAGUGUCAAAUCAUGAGACAUGGCAUCACAAAUGGCACCCUAUUCCCUACAUAAUGCACUAAUUUUACCCAGAAACCUGUGGGCCCUGUUGAAAUGUAGUGCACUAUAUAGGGAAUAGGGUGCCAUUUGGGCCGUUCCUAUAAUUUGUUUAUCUGUUGUUCAUGAUUCAGAUGGAUCUGUCUGUAGUGUACAUUGAAUGGGGAUGUGUAGCGUGGUGUAGUUUACUGUAGUGUACUUUUACAUUUUACAUUAAACUUUUAGUUUUAGACAUUUAGCAGCAGCUCUUAUCAAGAGUAGCUGAAAUUAGUCCAUUCAACUUAUGGUAGCUACAGUUGAAGUUGGAAGUUUACAUACACUUAGGUUGGAGUCAUUAAAACUCGUUUUUCAACCACUCCACACAUUUCUUGUUAACAAACUAUAGUUUUGGCAAGUCGGUAAGGACAUCUACUUUGUGCAUGACACAAGUAAUUUCUCCAAGAAUUGUUUACAGACAGAUUAUUUCACUUAUAAUUCACUGUAUCACAAUUCCAGUGGGUCAGAAGUUUACAUACACUAAGUUGACUGUGCCUUUAAACAGCUUGGAAAAUUCCAGAAAAUGAUCUCAUGGUUUUAGAAGCUUCUGAUAGGCUAAUUGACAUCAUUUGAGUCAAUUGGAGGUGUACCUGUGGAUGUAUUUCAAGGCCUACCUUCAAACUCAGUGCCUCUUAGCUUGACAUCAUGGGAAAAUCAAAAGAACUCAGAAAAGAAUUGUAGACCUCCACAAGUCUGGUUCAUCCUUGGGAGCAAUUUUCAAACGCCUGAAGGUACCACGUUCAUCUGUACAAACAAUAGUACGCAAGUAUAAACACCAUGGGACCACGCAGCCGUCAUAACGCUCAGGAAGGAGACGCGUUCUGUCUACUAGAGAUUAAUUAACUUUGGUGCGAAAAGUGCAAAUCAAUACCAGAACAACAGCAAAGGACCUUGUGAAGAUGCUGGAGGAAACAGGUACAAAAGUAUCUAUAUCCACAGUAAAACAAGUCCUAUAUCGAUAUAAGCUGAAAGGCCGCUCAGCAAGGAAGAAGCCACUGCCCCAAAACUGCCAUAAAAAAGCCAGACUACGGUUUGCAACUGCACAUGGGGACAAAGAUCGUACUUUUUGGAGAAAUGUCCUCUGGUCUGAUAAAACAAAAAUAGAACUGUUUGGCCAUAAUGACCAUCGUUAUGUUUGGAGGAAAAAGGGGGCUGCUUGCAAGCCGAAGAACACCAUCCCAACCGUGAAGCACGGGGGUGGCAGCAUCAUGCUGUGGGGGUGCUUUGCUGCAGGAGGGACUGGUGCACUUCACAAAAUAGAUGGCAUCAUGAGGAAGGAAAAUUAUGUGGAUAUAUUGAAGCAACAUCUCAAGACAUCAGUCAGGAAGUUAAAGCUUGGUCGCAAAUGGGUCUUCCAAAUGGACAAUGACCCCAAGCAUACUUCCAAAGUUGUGACAAAAUAGCUUAAGGACAACAAAGUCAAGGUAUUGGAGUGGCCAUCACAAAGCCCUGACCUCAUCCUAUAGAACAUUUGUGGGCAGAACAUAAAAAGCGUGUGCGGGCAAGGAGGCCUACUAACCUGACACAGUUACACCUAAGCCAAAUACAUUUAAACUCAGUUUUUCACAAUUCCUGACAUUUAAUCCUAGUAAAAAUGCCCUGUCUUAGGUACAGUUAGGAUCACCACUUUAUUUUAAGAAUGUGAAAUGUCAGAAUAAUAGUAGCGAGAAUGAUUUAUUUCAGCUUUUAUUUAUUUCAUCACAUUCCCAGUGGGUCAGAAGUUUACAUACACUCAAUUAGUAUUUGGUAGCAUUGCCUUUAAAUUGUUUAACUUGGGUCAAACGUUUCGGGUAGCCUUCCACAAGCUUCCCACAAUAAGUUGGGUGAAUUUUGGCCCAUUCCUCCUGACAGAGCUGGUGUAACUGAGUCAGGUUAGUAGGCCUCCUUGCUCGCACACGCUUUUUCAGUUCUGCCCACACAUUUUCUAUAGGAUUGAGGUCAGGGCUUGACCUUGUUGUCCUUAAGCCAUUUUGCCACAACUUUGGAAGUAUGCUUGGGGUCAUUGUCCAUUUGGAAGACCCAUUUGCGACCAAGCUUUAACUUCCUGACUAAUGUCUUGAGAUGUUGCUUCAAUAUAUCCAAUCAUUUUCCUUCCUCAUGAUGCCAUCUAUUUUGUGAAGUGCACCAGUCCCUCCCGCAGCAAAGCACCCCCACAGCAUUAUGCUGCCACCCCCGUGCUUCACGGUUGGGAUGGUGUUCUUCGGCUUGCAAGCCACCCCCCUUUUUCCUCCAAACAUAACGAUGGUCAUUAUGGCCAAAUAGUUCUUUUUUAUGUUUCAUCAGACCAGAGGACAAGUGUAUGUAAACUUCUGACUUCAACUGUGUAUAUAUAUAUAUAUAUAUAUAUAUACACAAACUACCAGUCAAAAGUUUGGACACAUCUACUCAUUCAAGGGUUUUUCUUUAUUUUUACUAUUUUUUACAUUGUAGAAUAAUAGUGAAGACAUCAAAACUAUGAAACUAUGAAGUGCACCCCUUUGGGUCCCCAGGACCAGAACUGAGAAACACUGAACUAGACAAUGCAUGUUUUAAAGUUAUUUUCCCUGCCGUUUGCAGAGGAGGCAUUCGCGGUAAAAGCUGCAGAUGUUGACUCAAGAUUAAAAUACCUUUAAAAAGGCCAUUGUCUGCUUUCUAGUGUGAUUCCCUAUAACACACCUUGGAUUGAAUUCCCGCCUUAAUCCAUGGAUGGUUAGAAUCUAUACGUUGAAAUAAUAUAACUGACACACAAAUCUGAUUGACAAAUGUAUGCGUGCCUGCCCAUAUGUGUGUGUCAAUACACACUGUCUCCUAAAUCAUGAAUGCCCCCAUGAAAUUAUCUUCAGUUCCAAGUCUCAGCAGCGUCCUGUUUUUAACGGUUACAUAGAUGAUGUCUCCAGGCAACAGUUGGAAGACUCCGCCCAGGUAGCUGUUCAGAAGAUUCUGAUGAGAACUCUUCUUUGGUCUGGAAUCCUUGGAAGGGCAAUGGUACCUAACGGAGAGGCAGAUAGACACUUAGGUUGCAUCCCAAAUGGAGCCCUAUCCCCCCCCCCCCUCCCCACCCCCUGACCACCACCUCACACACACUCACUGACCUGUUAGCUUUCAUCAACACAAGUGGUUUGUUUUUGUAACCCUCUGUGAUCCUCAUCACCGUGUGUUUGAACAGAAAGCAGUCUUCAACGAAGUGCACUUUGGAGUACACAUAGUAGUAACCUUCCCUCUGUGCCACCAGGUGGCCAUCUUUGUAGUCCAUCUGAUCUGUGAAGGCAGACAGGCCCUUAUCUGAUUCCCACAGAACGACACUAUCCUCACCCACUGA